GAGCCGAGGCAUCCGCCGCGCGCCCCGCCAGCCAGCCAGCCAGCCAGCCAGCCGACCGGAGGAGGAGGCAAACUUAAGAGCGGCCGGGCGAGGGGCGCGCUGGCUGGCGGAGGGAAAACUUUAAUCGCCUCCUGAGGGUGGGAAAAAAAAAAAAAACCCAAAAAACCAAAAACCCAAAAAGACAAAAAGAAAAAAAAAAGGGAGGGGGGUGAUUCUGGGAUCCGAACCCCGCGAUCACGGCCCCCACCGCGCCACCGUGAGAGAAAGUUGACCGGCGGGGCGGCUUUCUCCGCGCCCCGGCCCGCGCGGAGGCAGAGGUGUCUGUCUGUCCGUCCGCGCUCCGUGAGAGCCAGGGUGGGAGAUCGAGCCGCACUGCCGGGUCGCGUGGGUCAGGGCUCUUGCCCCACCCUUCCACGGGGACACGAAGGUAAACGACGCUUCGGUUUCCCUUCUCUGUCCUCCUGCAGCCACCGCCCAGCUUCCUUUUCCUCCUCUUUCCCCGCUGAUUUUUUUUUUCUUUUUAUUUUUUUUUAAGAGGGGACCCGAAAAACGGAGUCUCUUUCCUUAUGCAACUUCCUCAGGCGCCGUUUGCACGGCCCUUCCCCCUCCGCCUUCUGCAUCCCUUGGCCCGCUCCUUUGCCACCUCGGGGCCACCGCCAGAAACAUGCAUGUGAGAUCAACCAAAGUGCCCAGGAACAAAAAUAGAUUUUAAAAAAUUGUUCUAAGUUAAGGGAAACUGAGACGAUUGUGGUGUGUGUGUGUGUGUGUGUGUGUGUGUGUGUGUGUGUGUGUGUGUGUGUGUGUGUGUGCAGGGGGAGCGUUGAAUUUUCAUUUCGAUUUUCGUAGAUGGUUGGUUGUGAUGUCUUUAUUGGUGUGGGGAGCCCGGGAGGCUCUGUACUGGCUACCUCGGUCGCGUAGAUUUUUGCGCAAGUUUUUAGAAAAACACUGAGUCGAGCAGAGAGCAUUUCUCCGGAAAGUUUCAAGUGCAGCAAAAUAACGAGCCUGCAAAACUGGCCAAGGGGGGACCUCUAGUGGUUAAACGCAUCUUAAGUUCUCGAGGCCGAGAGCAAAGUUUGGCCUUUACUUGUAGCUACGUAGCCGGUUUAGACGUGGAAGUAAUUAGAGGACCUGAGUUAGCAGCCAGAUGUGGGAAAGGAUGCUGAUUAGAAAUAAAAAGUUUUGUAAAUCAGAGAACAAUGAAGUCUGAGUUUUCGGGACCUGUGAUUUCCACCCUUCCUUGCUUACAUUAAAAAACAAAUCUUUUUUUUUUUUUUAUUCUGAGAUUUGAGAUUGGCACACCGUAGACAAGGAAAUUUGUUUUAUAAUUACCAUCAUCUGUAUCCUUCAUCGUUUUUUUCCCCUCUAAGUAAGGAGUCAUGGCAGUAGCUUAAUCUGAAAUGUUAAGGAGAAAUCAAAAUAAAACAUGUCCUUAAAACUUGGCGAAUAGUGAAAAAAAACUUUUGAAAUUUGCUUUUGCUUUUUAUAGGAGCCGAUCGUUUCGUUGUCUGAUACAUCUAAUUUCAGGCUAACAAGUUAUUCACUAACCUACAUAUAUACUCAAAAAAUAAAUAGUACCUUCUCUUUGUAAGAAUGUAUUUUUGAUUCACUGAGUAAAAAAGUUAUUUCGGGGAUACUUUGUAUAACUUAUGAUUUAAAACAUUGAUAUGGGUAAAAAUUAUAUGAGUUGUUGAACUAUUUCCCAGUGUUUAUAAUGUAAAGAAUCCCGAAUUUUAAAGGUUAAAAACCAGAGAAAUGACGGUUGUGUCAAAUCAUCCUUGUGUUACCACCUGCCUGUCAUGUGUACAAUGAGAGAGACAAGGUCCAAGUUCAAGGCUGGUGUUGAACUUACAUUUUCCUGCCUCAGGGUCCCUAGUGCUUGGGUAACAUCACUCUUAUUUACAAUGUGAAAUUUUAUUGUGUGAACUUAGACUAUGGGAUGAUGUGAAUGAUUAUAAUUAAUUUCACCUCAUGUGGAACUGGUUAAUUUUAUUUUAAUACACAGAGCAGUGUUGUGUGGAAUGAUGCAUGUUGAGUUUGAAUUGUAGAUUGUAAACGUGAAGGCGUUAUGAGAGUGCUUUGAUUUUUUUUUCUUUUUCUUUCUUCCUUUUCCUCUUUUAAAAUCAUUGCUAGAUCCUUAAGAGAAGUCUUGGGGGUACUCGGCAGUUGUGAAGGCCACCAGACAGUUCUGUCUUUCACCAGCGCUCAAGGUUAAAAAAACUAAAUCAUGACUGAGUCUGCCUCUAGCACAAGUGGUCAAGAGUUUGACGUAUUCAGUGUUAUGGACUGGAAGGAUGGAGUUGGUACCUUACCAGGAAGUGACUUAAAGUUUAGGGUGAAUGAGUUUGGAGCUUUGGAAGUUAUCACAGAUGAAAGUGAGAUGGACAGUGUCAAGAAAGCAACUGCCACCACCACUUGGAUGGUCCCAACUGCUCAAGAGGCCCCGACCUCUCCCCCGAGCUCCAGGCCCGUAUUUCCACCUGCCUACUGGACAUCUCCACCUGGAUGUCCCACAGUCUUUUCAGAGAAGACUGGGGUACCAUUCAGGUUGAAGGAUCAAUCAAAAGUAGAUGGGCUUCAGUUUUGUGAGAACUGUUGUCAGUAUGGCAAUGGAGAUGAGUGUCUUUCCGGAGGAAACUAUUGCAGCCAGAAUUGUGCUCGGCAUGCCAAAGACAAAGAUCAGAAGGACGAAAGAGAUGGCGGUGAAGACGAGGACGAGGAUCCUAAGUGUAGUCGGAAGAAAAAACCAAAAUUAUCUCUGAAAGCUGACUCCAAGGAGGAUGGAGAAGACAGAGAUGAUGAAAUGGAGAACAAACAAGAUGGACGGAUCCUGAGAGGCUCCCAGAGAGCCAGAAGGAAAAGACGCGGGGACUCGACUGUCCUAAAGCAGGGGUUGCCUCCUAAAGGCAAGAAAACUUGGUGCUGGGCAUCCUACCUAGAGGAGGAGAAGGCUGUGGCAGUUCCUGCAAAGCUGUUCAAAGAGCACCAGUCCUUCCCAUACAACAAAAAUGGAUUCAAAGUCGGUAUGAAGCUAGAAGGUGUGGACCCGGAGCAUCAGUCUGUGUACUGUGUCCUCACUGUGGCUGAGGUUUGUGGAUAUCGGAUAAAGCUUCACUUUGAUGGAUAUUCUGAUUGCUAUGACUUCUGGGUAAAUGCAGAUGCUCUGGACAUCCACCCGGUGGGGUGGUGUGAGAAAACUAGCCAUAAGCUCCAGCCUCCAAAAGGGUAUAAAGAAGAAGAAUUUAAUUGGCAGUCCUACCUGAAGACGUGCAAAGCCCAGGCUGCUCCCAAGUCAUUAUUUGAAAAUCAGAACAUAACAGCGAUCCCAUCAGGCUUUCGAGUGGGAAUGAAGCUUGAGGCUGUAGACAAAAAGAACCCUUCCUUCAUCUGUGUUGCCACGGUAACAGACAUGGUGGACAAUCGGUUCCUGGUCCAUUUUGACAACUGGGAUGAGAGCUAUGACUAUUGGUGUGAAUCAUCCAGUCCACACAUUCAUCCCGUCGGUUGGUGUAAAGAACAUAGAAGAACCCUUAUUACUCCACCAGGCUAUUCACACAUGAAACACUUUUCUUGGGAUAAGUACUUAGAAGAAACCAAUUCUUUACCUGCUCCUGCAAGAGCUUUCAAAGUGAAACCUCCACAUGGAUUCCAGAGAAAAAUGAAGCUUGAAGCGGUAGACAAAAGAAAUCCCCUGUUUAUCAGAGUAGCAACUGUAGCGGAUACCGACGACCAUAGGAUAAAAGUUCACUUCGAUGGCUGGAGCAGUUGCUAUGACUACUGGAUAGACGCAGACUCUCCAGAUAUUCACCCUGUAGGCUGGUGUUCCAAGACUGGACACCCUCUUCAGGCUCCCCUAAGCCCUGCAGAAUUGAUGGAGCCAUCCGAAACCGGGGGAUGUCCAACUCUAGGCUGCAAAGGGGUUGGUCAUUUUAAAAAAUCGCGGUACCUGGGCAAUCAGAGUGGUGCCUACUGUCCCUAUUCAGAAAUCAACUUGAAUAAAGAACGGAUUUUUCCAGACCGCCUAAGUGGUGAGAUGCCUCCAUCGAGUCCAUCAUAUCCAAGGAGUAGAAGGAUAGACUCAAAUGACAGCUCAUCAUCUCCUGAAACCAGGGAACAGCGUGCUGAUGACGUCAAAGGAGAUUCUGAAGAGAAAAGAGAAAAUGAAGUGAGGACGUCAGCUGAAGCCAAAGUUGUUCGGGAAGAGCCUGCCCCUACUAUACAGCAGCCUCAGCAGGUACAGCAGCCUCAGCAGGUACAGCAGGUACAGCAGGCCCAGCCUGCUCAGCAGCCUCUGCAGGUGCAGCAGCCUCUGCAGCAGACAGCCAAGACUCAACAGGCCCAGCAGCCUCAGCCGGCCCAGCAGCCGCAGCCAGCCCAGCAGCCGCAGCCGACUCCACAAGCACAACAGGCCCAGCAGCCGCAGCAGAGUCCUCAGGCCCAGCAGCCUCAGCAGGCCCAGCAGGCCCAGCAGCCGCAGCAGGCCCAGCAGCCUCAGCAGAUUCCCCAGGCGGCAGCGGCGCAGCAAGCCCAGCAGGCCCAGCGGCGAUCAGCGGUCUUUCUCUCCUUUAAGCCCCCGAUUCCAUGCCUGCCCUUGCGCUGGGAGCAGCAAAGCAAGCUUCUUCCUACUGUUGCCGGAAUCCCUGCCAGUAGAGUUUCCAAAUGGAGCACAGAUGAGGUGUCAGAAUUCAUUCAGAGCUUGCCUGGGUGUGAAGAACAUGGAAAGGUGUUUAAGGACGAACAAAUUGAUGGAGAAGCAUUCUUACUUAUGACCCAAACGGACAUUGUUAAAAUUAUGAGCAUUAAGCUGGGCCCAGCUCUCAAAAUUUUCAAUUCUAUCCUGAUGUUUAAAGCUGCGGAGAAGAACUCCCACAAUGAACUGUGAAGACGGGGGAUUCUGGUACCUUCAGCUUUCGCUUUAAAGCUCAUCAUGUUUAUUCAAAGCACAAGGGGGGUUCUAGCUCCUGAGUGAGAAGUCUUCAGGACUCCAAGAGCAGCACUCGGGGACCCCAUCCGUCCCUCCAGACUGCGUGUGUAGGAAACGCCUGGGCUUCUCAUCAGCUACUGGCCAACAGCGGUCAUCCUUCAGUUCUGCUCACAGAGCUAAACGUAUCUUUGUAAAUCUUUUGGAGGUGGGGGGAGGGUGGGGACUCGGGGGCUUCAUUAUUUAUGGAUGGGGGGGCAAAAUAAGAACUUUCGGCAUUUUGUAAACAUUGUUGGGUUCUCUUUCAUGUACACUCUCUUUUUUUCAAUACUUUCAGAAACCUUUUUAUAUAACUGAAUUUCAACCUAAACCAAAUCCGUUGAAUCCUGGCUGAGUUUAGCCUGGGACUCGCGACGGUCGGUCGUGUUCGCCCUGUGCCAUAUUUGGAAUUGCAGCAUUAGCCAAGUGUAACUUUGCGAGUCACGAUAUUGCCUAACUAUGUGUCAUCCUUUGUCGGGACUGAAGAACUGUAAAUACAACCUUUCUUUGAAUCCAUGUUUUUACUUUUGCACGCAUUAUGAAUUGUUAAACAAAUUCUUUUCACCAGCAUCUUUACUGUUAUUACCAAAAAAAAAAAUGUAUAUAAAAGUACGGAAUUGAAAAAUAAAAUAUAUGAGCCUACUUAGAUUUGAAUGAAGUAGUGUAUCUGAGCAGAAUCAGUUUUGUACAUCAUGGUGCCCAUGUGUUUACAGCAGUCAGCAUCAGAGGAUUGUGUGGUUACAUUCCAGGGGAUGUUGAUCAGGAGCUUGAUUUAUGAGAUUAUUGUGUGCAUCUCUGUCAAUGACGUGCAAGUAACUGGUGCUUCAUAGAAAAGGACUCAUCUCGUUGAUGGAAACACUAAUCGUUCAAGAGAUCCCAUCAGUCUCCCAGGCCCUCCAGACCCACGGGAUUUCCUCAGAGUGAGCUGAGAAGUAGAGCGUGGAUCUUCCUGCACAGACCUGGCGUGAGAGAGUAACACCAGCAGACCAAAACAUUCUCCAUACUCACGAGUCGAGGAAGCGGUUCCCAAAGCCAUGGUUCGGGAACCUCCAAUGUGGAAAGAUUCCUUCUCCUAUAAAAUAUUUUGCCUUGAUUUUUAAGCAUCUGGAUGCACUUUAAAUGAAAGCCCUUGGUUAUUUAUAAAUUCAUAGCUGGCGGUGUUUCUUUUGUAAGCAUGCACUUCUAGGGGAAAGGUAAAUUAUUUUGUCGGUCUUUUGAUGUACUUUCUAAUUCCAGGAUUAGACAUUUGUUCAAGGACUGCUUUAAAAAUAGAGAGUUCAGUAGCAUGCUGUCGGAACUUUGGGGAAAGUCCCACCUCUCUCCAUAAACUCUUUAAUGUUUUCUGAUGUAGGACUUCCUUUGAUGUGCCAUAGUAGGAGUUUAUUAUCAGUCCUUUGCAUUUGUCAUGAUUCAAGGUAAAACAGGGUCCGUGACAUCUGCAGUGUCCAAUUCAUUUCUUUGCAUGAAUCUGCUAAAUAAGCUUUUUAUUGUUAUUUUUUUUUGCCUUUUUUGUUGUGUUCAGUAUUUGUACAUUAACUUGCACUUGUUACAUGUGAUAUGAAUGAAAUAAAAUCUUAAGUACAGA